AUGUUUUCGAUGCUGACGACCACUGUCCGCAAGAGGCCGUCCAGCAUUCUUGUCAUUCUUUUGUUGCCGUUGAUCACACUCUUUUAUUUUCGCUAUGUUGUCGUGGAGCAACACAAGACCGAGCAGCUCGUCACCGACCUACACACCUACGUGGCCGAGUACCCUCUCGAUGUCGCCCUCCCGGACUUCGCCUCGGUGGCCAACCAAGUGGCGGCGCUGUCACAGCUCGCGGGGCUGUAUAUGCGAGAACAGACGCUCGACCGCAGCCGGCUGAAAGACUCCCUCGCUCACCUGUUCCCCUGGUGGAACGAAGACAAACUGGCCUACGUGCCGUGGAAACACCAGAAGAGGCAGAAACCCUGGUCCAAGGAGAAGCCGGAGCUGAAGACGGGCAUCGUCGUCUGUGUCGGGGACGGCAACGUCGAAGACGCUCUCUUUUUGAUCACCAACCUGAAAAAAGUCCUCAAGAAUGAACUCCCCAUCGAAAUCGCCUACGCGGGCGAUUCCGACCUGUCUCCCCAUACCCGCACCUUUCUCCGUGCCACCAGCAAAGACAUCCAAUUCCUCGACCUCACCAAAAUCUUUGACAACUCCCUAAUUGACCUCAAAGGCUGGGCCACCAAACCGUUCGCCCUCAUCGCCAGUCGAUUUCCCCAGACGAUUCUCGUGGACGCCGACGCCGUCUUCUUCUCCCACCCCGAGCGGGCCUGGACCGAGUACGAGGGCCUGCGGGAAACCGGCACGCUGUUCUUUCACGACCGCGCCGUGACCAUGGACCGGAGCGAGAACCGCCGCAAGUUCGUGGCGGAGCAGCUGGUCAAGACCGGCCGACAGCCCUCGCACCGGCUCAACAGCAGUUCGCUGUUCUACAAGGGCUACAUCGGCGAGGAGGCCGACUCGGCGGUGGUGUACUUCGACAAGUCGCGGCCGGAGCUGUACGUGACGGGCUUGUUCGCGGCGUGGAUGAACGUGCAGGACGUGCGCGACGCCAUCACGUGGGACACGUUCUGGGGGGACAAGGAGUCGUACUGGCUGGCGGCGGAGCUGACGGGGGUGCCGUACGCGUUCGAGCCGUGGCAGGCGGCGCGGUUCUCGGAGGCGCUGAGCACGCCCGAGGCUGAGGUGUUCAAGACGCCGCGCAUCUGCUCGCCGCACAUGGCGCACUCGGACGCGCUGGACGACGAGCCCUUCUGGACCAACAUGGGCAUCUGGCAGAACAAGGAGGACAAGUCGCUGGGCUUCGCCAACUGGACCCACUGGUACCUGGGCGCGCCCAUCGCCCAGACCAUCCUGACCACCGCGGCCGCCAACCUCACCGAGGAGCCCGUCGACCGCGGCAGCAACGUCACCCUGUCCCGCCCCGAGCACGAGUCCGAGGUGCUCGCCACCCAGGCCGCCUGGAACUGGCGCGACUGGACCCAGGACGCCCGCGGCUGCCCCCAGCACGACGAGACGCGCUGGCGGCCCCUGAGCCGCGAGUUUCUGGACCGGUUGCACUCCAUCAUCACCGAGGCCGAGCACAUCCGCUAUGCCUGGACGAGAAAGAAGAUCGAAAUGAAUACUUGA